UGUCCUGCACUACAAUGCUUGGCAAAAUGGAAGAAUGUGUAGUAAACAAUGUUGUGUUUUUGCAUCGAAUAAAGUAUAGUUUAUAAUUUUUAGAUUUAGAUCUAAUAUAUUUCAAAAUUAUUCACUUCGAAAUAGACCUAGACUACUAGUAUAGAAAAUGGUAAAACAGACUAUACAAAUAUUUGCUCGAAUCAAGCCGACAAAAUCUUCUAAAACUGGGGGGUAUGAAAUUGAUGAGGAUGAAGAAGGUCACUCAAGAUUGCAAGUUGUGGUCCCUAAAGAACUAGCAUCUGGUUUUGUAAACAAUAAGAAAGAGAAUUACAAAUUCAGAUUCUCUAAAGUGUUUGACCAGAAAUCCACUCAAGAUGAAAUUUUUAAUUUGGUGGCCAAGCCUGUGAUUGACAAUGUUGUUCAAGGUUACAAUGGAACAAUAUUUGCAUAUGGUCAGACAGGAAGUGGCAAAACUUUCACUAUCACUGGUGGAGCUGAGAAAUAUAUAGACAGGGGCAUUAUCCCUCGAUCACUUUCAUAUCUGUUUGAUAUUAUUGAAAAGCAUCCCGAAAAAAUUUUCACAUUUCACAUUUCUUACCUUGAAAUUUAUAAUGACAAUGGCUACGACUUACUUGAUCCUAAACACGAAGCCACUAAAUUGGAAGACUUGCCUAAAGUUUCUCUCAUGGAAGAUGCGGACCAAAACAUUCACCUCAAAAAUUUGACAGUACAUCAGGCAGGUUCAGAGGAAGAUGCUCUCAACUUGCUUUUCAUUGGAGACACAAACAGAAUGAUUGCAGAGACUCCAAUGAACCAAGCUUCCUCCAGGUCUCACUGUAUAUUUACUGUCCAUCUAACAUCAAAAGAGGAAGGGUCUGCAACAAUCUGUCGGUCAAAGCUUCAUUUGGUUGACCUGGCGGGUUCUGAGAGAGUUUCAAAAACUGGAGUGAAUGGAACUCUGCUGACUGAAGCCAAAUACAUUAAUCUAUCACUUCAUUAUCUAGAACAGGUUAUUAUAGCAUUGUCAGAAAAGAACCGCCAGCAUGUGCCAUAUCGGAAUUCUAUGAUGACUUCAGUUCUGCGAGACAGUCUGGGAGGAAACUGUAUGACUACAAUGAUUGCAACUUGUUCUCUGGAACAUAGUAACAUAGAUGAAUCUAUCUCAACCUGUAGAUUUGCUCAGCGUGUUGCUAUGAUAAAAAAUGAUGUCACACUGAAUGAGGAACUAGACCCAAGGUUGUUGAUAGCCAAGUUAAAACGAGAAAAUGCAGAGCUGCGAGAUCAACUUGCUUUAGCAACCGGUGAACAAAUCUCUGAAGAGCUAACACUUGAAGAUAUUGAAAGAUGUGAGGUUGCUGUGAAAAGUUUUGUGCAGGAUCCUGAUCCAGAAUGUGGUUUAUCUAUUGGACAUGAUUUAAGAAAAAUACAAAAAUGUUUUAAAAUCUUGAAGAGAUACAUCAAUGAAAAAGUGAGCUCCAUGUCCAACUCUCAAAUAUCUUCAAUUCAGCCUCUUAGAGAAGAAUCUAUUCCAGACAUAAGUCCUUACAGAGAUGCAGAAACAGCAAAACUCAAGUCACUCAUUGAGCAAAGAGAUCAUGAGAUUAAUAUUCUUGUAAAUAUGCUAAAGAAGGAAAGACAGCGGACAGCAGAUGUGACAGCAAGGGAAGUAACUCAAAACAGACACUCAACUGUCAGUUCCAAUUCACACAAUGAACAAGAAACUGAUUAUGUUGAGCAGAAAAAUAAAAGAAGAUUUUCAACUGGGAGUGAAGUUGGCGGCCAGUCCCAAGCUGUGUCAGAAAAUAAAAUGAACAGACAGAAGACAUUUGAUAUUAAGUCAAGUCCUGCAACUCAAGAAAAUGACGAGAGACUGAAAACAAAAAUUUUGGGUGAUAUGUCACUAGGCAGACAGGAAGCUUUUGAUAUCUUCAUGAGGGACUACAGAGAUAGAGAGAAGAUAGAAUCCAACAAGCAGAUAUUGAAACAAAGAUAUGGGGAAGCCAAAGCAAUGGGAGAGCAACUCAACAAAUCCAAACAAAAAAUGAAUCAUUUGAAAAAUAUCCUGGCACAGUAUAGAACACAAAACAACUUAGAAGUAGAUGGUGAAACUGAUGUAGAGAGAGACAUUAAAAUAAAGAUGGAGCAGGAAAAACAUGUUUACAAAGAAACAUUUACAACUCUUCGGGGAAUGAAAACAGAAAUUGAACAUUUGCAACACUUCCUAGAAAAGUCUAAAGUCAAACUUAUGAAAGAUUUUGAGCUUUGGUGGGCUGAGCAGAUGAACUACAGUGCUAGACAGUCCCAAUCCAGGCAGUCUCAAGUUGGGUUCAGUCAUCAGAAAGUAAUGUCAGCUUGGAAAACUCCUCCAAUCACACCUCCUGUGCCAACGCCACCUAGAGGACCUCCUACAAACAGAACAUUCACCAGAGAAACUUAUUCUUCAGACAGUGACAGGGGAAGUAGUUCUGGUCAGACUCCGACAUCCAAGCCACCUGCCUACCCAACUGUUGGUAAUUUUACACUGACUGGUGACAGUAAAGUGGAUGCAGACAUACAAGCAUUUGUUAAAGCCAGACAGGCCAUAAUACAAAAAGUCAAUGCCAAUCAGAGGUGACAGUAAAGAAGGAAUCAAUCAUUUGGAUAGAGUCAAACGUCACAUACAAAUACAUGCACCAGUUCUAUGGAUCCAGCGUCUUUCAAGAAAGGUAUAGAAUUCUACUGAUUCACCUACGACCAGACUCGACAAGUCGACCAAGUUUUUGCCAAUUGCUGAAUUUUUACCAAUUUACCAACUCUUUUUAAAAUAGUAUUUGAUAUUUCUAUUGCUUAAAAAAAUGUUAAACAAUUACUUGCAUUUAAAAUUUCUUAGAUCAUAACCUUUAGAGCUUUUAAAAUGUAUUGUACUCAUUAAUUCUGUUGAUAAAUUCAUUAUUAUAACAUUAUACACACAAGUACUGUUAAUGAUGGUGUAUAGAAAUAAUGUUUCUUAAAACUGAGUCAGCCAAACACAACAUUUGUCACUUCACUGAGAUCAUUAUACAUUUUUACAUCGCAUUAAUAACAAAUUAAAUAGACCAAGAUUCCAGAAUUUUGAAGGAAAAAUGGCACUAACAUUUGUAAUCAAAAACGUGAUUGAACGACAUUGUUUUCUAAUCACAAAUUUUUAUCAGUGCUUGAGACUAGAUUGUAUACUCUUGUAUUAUGUGCUAUUUUGGCUCCUUAGCCUUGUUCUAAAAAAUGAUGUUUAUUGUGUGUAUUUAAUUUAAAGAAUAUACAUUUAAUGUUAUCACAGCUCAGCUUAUAGUCUGGGCUUGCAUACGGUAUAAAUAUUUGUAUAUAAAACUCUGCCCCUAUGUCCUACAUUUCUGCCUCUCUCUGAUCACACCCCAAUCAAAUUGUUAAGAAAAUUUCCCCAUCCAGAAAAAGUUGCCAUAGAAUUUCAAUGUUUAUUAUAAUGUUUACAUUUUUGUUUUGUUUUUAUUUUCUUGUAAUAGGAGAUAAUUCAAUAGGACAAUGUUUAAACAGGUUUACCUUUCCUUGCCUAUCAGAAUUACAUUUGAAACGAAAGACUUAAUCUAUAUCUAUUUAUAAGCCUGUGAGUAACCUUAAUGAAUCCAAAUAAGAGAAAAGGAAAAAUGGUUUGAGUACUGUGACAAAUCCCAAAAAAAACAACACUUGAGUCUGGGAGCACAUGAGGUACCUUGACAUGGCCUUCCCUGGAAACAAGUGCAUCAAUACUCUUUUUGACUGUCCCAAACUUGCAGAUUCGAUCUCUACAUCUGGGAAGCCUCAAGCUCUUGACCUGUAUGUUGACAUUUAUGAGCACUACACAAAAUGGCAGAGUUUUUGUCCAGGACUUUGAAAGAGAGGAUUUAAGAUUCUCAAGCCCUUACUCAAAUAGAGUUUGGUGAUGAUGACUUAUAAGAAUCAGAAAUAUAAAGUUUGGUCUUGAGACUAUAUCUGAAAAAAAUUCCUUUAUAACCACAAUGGUAUAGUAUUCAGCAGCAACAAUGUUCUAUUUGAUUUCUUUAAUGUUAUGUUCAUGAAUCAGUAUGACCAAAGUCCACACAUAUGAUGUUUAUGAUGAGAGGACUAUAUCUAUCAUUGUUUAUAAUGAGACUUAGUGGACUGUAAGCAUAUUUCCAUGACUAAUUUACUUAAGUCUUAUUUUAAAAAAUAAAAGAAAGAAAAUUUAUAGAACUAAA